AUGUCAGCUUCAAUAGUGGAGAAAGUUGUUGAUCUAUCUGUUGUUGCUUCGUCAACUUCAUCUGUUCAGGAGGUUGGAUUUAUAGGGAGAGAGGAGUUAGUUAGUUCAGAUUGGCUUGGAUUC